AAGUCCUGUGACUCCCGACAAUGCAUCGAUGUCAAUUUUUUCAAGUACGAGAGGCUUUGUCUUAAACACCAUUAAUGAAUGCUGACAUUUACUUUAGAUCAAUAAGGGAUUGAAGCAUGCUAGUGGUUUCUGAAUUAUGGUUCAAACUCCGUUUUGGAUACACUGCCAAACUAGAGGUCCAACUGCCAACACGGCCGUAAGAGCGGAUAUCAUGCGCGGUCUCAUUAGAGGAGAGGUCCUCAUUACCAGCGCGCGGAGACCAUGAAGACCGGAGCAAAACCCAGCACCGUUACGAAGCAUCGUGCUCGGGUCUGACCACAACCCCGUGCCAUGAAGACCCAGACACCGACGUCGACGACACCGACGGCGACAACACCGGCAGCGGCGAACAUGACGAAGCCAAGCCGCCCAGCCCGGCGCCCGCGCCUGCCUCGCUUCGCCUCAUUUCAGCGGAAGAAGAAGGAAGGUGUGAUCCGGGGCAAGCUGCGCAUCAAGUCCCUGCCGGGCGCCUUCCUGGUCCUGGGCGUGGUGGUGGUGGUGGUGGAACAGCUGGCCGUGGCGGUACUCGGCCCUACGGACGCUUUACCGCUCAGGGGCCUGCGGAGGCGCUCACCGGUCGCCCGACCGGCUGGGGGGGGGAGCUAGCGAAGGGUCUGCUGUGGGCUGGCGGGGCUCCACAGCGAGCGCAUGAAGCUCCUGGGCCCCGUCAUCAUGGGCGUGGGGCUGUUCAUCCUGAUCUGUGCCAACACCGUGCUGUACGAGAACCGCGACCGCGAGACGCAGAUGCUGCUGGCGCAGAUGCGCAGCGUCAUCUGCUCUGUGUCGGCCGCCGUGCCCUCAGCCGACCUCGCCGAGCUGGCCGUCAGCUCGCUGACCGCGCGCCACUACCAGUGGGUCAGCAGCCUGCCCGCCGCCCACCUCAACAUCCUCUGCCUGCAGGAGCUCACCAGCUCCGAGCCCCUUUUGCACGUUAAGACUGCCAUGGAGGGCGACGGGGACUCCUUUAACGGCAACGCCAACGACCCUCAACACCAUCACCGGCGGCCGUCGGAGAGCACCGCCAAGCGGCAAAGAUCCACGCUGAAGACGGAGGUGUUGCACCACCAGGAGUCCGCCUCCACCCCAUCCAUCCCCACGCUCUCCUCCAACUCCUGCAACUCCAGCCAGGCGGACGGGGACGAGGCCCGUGCGGACUCAUAUGCGGACACUCGCCUGUGCCGGGCUUCGUCGGGGGAAUUCCAGCAUCACCGCGUGGACACGCCGCCUCACAAGCUUAGCAACUGCCUGACGGCCUCGUCCAUGUCCACGCUUGGGGGGGAGGACUGCGAGGUGACCGCUGCGUCUGUGCCCCCCAGACGCUCACAGAGCCUGAGCUACAGGACUAACCCCGCGGGGCCAGCGCCCACGAGGUCACCCGUCUGGGAUGGGCGCCACUGCCCGACAGCAGCUGACGGCGAUGUGCGUGUGAACAUGACGCCAGGGACAGAAGACGAGGCCUUGGAGCUCGCCUCGAUCGAGGAGCAGCGGCACCGCAGCUGGCCCCGACUGGACCUUGGCGCUGCCCGCCGCUACCUGAAGCUGGAGAACAAGGAGGACUCUGUGGACAAGCUACUCGACCAGCUGGAACUUCAGUGCUCCCAGUGGGACAAGAGCUUCGGCUCGGGACCCUUCCAGUGAGCUUAACUGCCCGGCCGCGAAUUACCUCUCUUGGGGCCGCCAGGUUUGGAUGGGCAGUGCAGCGUGAAGGAUAUGUCGUUUUCCCAUGGAAGCACUGGAUAUGGGUAGCAGCUUUUUGAGUAGAGAGCUCUGUUGUCGUCUUCCAAAACAAAAGAAUGGCUUAAAAAGGACUUGCUCUCAUCCCCUCAAAUGAAUCACGCCGUCAUCGUGGACUUAGUUAUUAUUAUGGGGUGCACGGUUCCGUGGAAAGACCAUUCCAAAGGCUUCUAACAUUUUCCAAAAGGCAGGGCUGCGAUUUUCAGUGGCACGGAUAUGUAAACAGGGCUCUGGGCUGGUGGCUUGGUUGGAUUAAUCUGAGGGAAUGCAGAGCCCAAGAUGUGGAAGAUGAGUGGAGCGAUUUGCCCAUUUGUGUACAACAGAGCUGAUGUCUUUGGUCGCUGCCGUGCGGGGGUGGACAAGAGUCGGUGACGGCGGCGAUUGUUGCCAAAGUGUUACUGAGUUCUCGGUCGGCAUAUGCGCAUGACAUACACGCAUGUUGCAGGAUAGCACAUGGUGAAUGGAUUAACGAUUAGACGACUUGUGACUGUGCAAUCGACACAAACAAUAAACCCAAGUAAGCCCAAA